AGAUUGUUGUAACAAAAACUCUCAAUACAUUCGCAUUCUUAUUCCGUGUAAAAACACUCAAUUGCUUCGCUGAGAGAGGAGAUGGUGAAGAUAGCACUCGGCCACCACCAGGAGGCGGCGGAGCCCGACUGCGUCCGCGCCGUGGCCGCCGAGGUGAUCCUCACCUUCCUCUUCGUCUUCGCCGGUGUCGCCGCCGCCAUGGCCGCUGGAAAAAUGGCGGGGGGAACAGACACGAUCAUGGGGCUGACGGCAGUGGCGCUAGCGCAUGGGUUGGUGGUGGCGGCAAUGAUCGCGGCGGGGCUGCACAUCUCCGGCGGCCACCUCAACCCGGCCGUGACGCUGGGCCUAGCCGUCGGCGGCCACAUCACCCUUUUCCGAUCCCUGCUGUACGUACUGGCGCAGUUGCUCGGCUCUGCCUUAGCCUGCCUGCUUCUCAAGUACCUCACCGGCGGUCUGGACACGCCAGUGCACGCCCUCGCGGCUGGAAUUGGGGCCUUUCAAGGAGUUCUUAUGGAGAUAGUCCUCACUUUCUCGCUGCUCUUCUCCGUCUACGGCACGAUUGUGGACCCUAAGAAGGGGUGCACCGCCGGGCUCGGCCCGGUGCUUAUCGGGCUCGUCAUCGCGGGCAACGUCUUAGCCGGCGGGCCGUUCUCGGGCGCGUCGAUGAACCCGGCACGGUCCUUCGGGCCGGCCCUGGCUAGCUGGAACUGGACCGACCACUGGGUCUACUGGGUCGGGCCGAUUAUCGGCGGUGGGCUCGGCGGGUUGGUUUACGAGCACAUAUUUUUGGUUCGGACCCAUCAACCUCUUCCAAGAGAUGAUGAGAGUUUCUGAGGGGCUUAGGAGCCAAUUAAGUGAUUUGUGGUGUGGUUUUCUAAUUUGGAUAUAAUUUAGUUUCGGAUUUUCUCAUUAUAUGUUGAGAAUGCCUAGUUUCAUGGGGUAAUUAAGUACUAUUUUGCAAGUUAUAUAUUAUCUCUCCUAUUUGUAUGGUAAUUUAAUUUCUUAUAA